AUGUCUCAUUUUCCAAAUGACUCGCACAUUGUUCAGAUCAGGAAACAGAUCGCUAGGGAGCGUAGCCGCAUUAGGGCUUACAGGUCACCUCCAUCGAGACAACCAGCAGUGAGAAAGUCACCUGGCGAGCCAGCAAAGAGAUCAGAACAACAGUUACGACAGACAGCAGAGCGGUAUUCAGAAGAUACAGACGUUACACCGCUGAGAUAUUACGAAGACAUUGAAGUAAAGAAUACGAGACCCGCACCGAUUGGAAGAUACGCAACGAAUACGACACCGAGCGAGACAUCACUGCAAAAGACACCGCUAAAAUUUGAACGGGACGAUACCGAUACCGAUACCACCGUACCGGGAUAUUACCCUAGUACCAAACCCGUUACCGACAUGUCUAAAGCACCAUUGUUUUUCGGAAAACCAGGACAAUUUGAAACGAUCAAGACCUGGUGUGACAUUACGUUCCUUACAAACGACGAACUCGCUCAGAGCAACCAGAAGAAAGCCGCAUUUUUUGCAUCCCUGUUCCGCGGCCCCGUCCUUACCUGGUUUGCGAGACAGAAAGACAAGACGAGCCUGUUACAAGAUUACGAUACACUUGUGGAACGAGUCAAAGAAGCUUGGGACAAAUCCGAUAGAGUUAAAGAAGCCGACGCCGCCCGACGCCUUACCACAUCCGUCGGGGAUCCGGACACCGAGGUUCCGGCCAACGAAAAUUCAACGGAAAAUGCAACUCCUGCGGACAGUUUGGGCACAAGGCCCGCGAUUGCCGAAAGAAUAAGAGAGACGACCAUUGGUAGUGAUAGACCUGAAUGGAUCACGCGGCAGAUUACGACAUUCCUGCAAGCUACGGCCGAGCAGAGACGAGAAUGGAUGGACUUUCCUGAUUUUGAUAUGUAUGAGGCAUUUAUGACGUCACGAGAAAUUGAGUGUUUCUAUUGGUGCAACCGACACGGGAUGUUUACACUGUGGAUCGACUCAGCCCCCUAUGCCACGUCAACAUGCGACCCGGACAACCAAUCAUUGCACGACAACUGUUGGGACAACAUGCACGAACCUACUUGGCACGACAUAAAUCUUGCUGUCGAUGGUCUGAUGUAUCCUCUCUUCAGGUUCUUCUCAAUUGCCCUAACGCUCGCUGUGAAGUCGAGUCUUCCAGUAGUCUCUAUCUCGCAGACUACGUCUGAUGAUCGGAGCCCUUUACUCAUGGCGGAGGGUCAGUGCGCGGGAACAUAUGCCGGUGGGUUUUCCGUUCUGGGUAAGCCAAGCGCUGAUUCCGAAAAGUGA